GCAAAAAUCUGUGAGAGCAAAAACAGGCUCUGUGGUCUGUUUCGCGUGCGCAGGCGCGCUUUGAUACUUCAGCCUUACGGAGACUGUUGCUGCCGUAUUUGUCUCGCUGCCCACAACUUCCCCGGCUCCAAUCGGUGCGGUACUCGCGACAAUAAGCCAAUGGCACGGCUGCUCCUCACAUGGCUCGCCUGUCACGCGACCGCCCUGGUCCCACCGACAAAGCACAAACAGCGCCUGACCGUCGCGCACAACGUCGCCUCGGCGAAGCCGAACGCCAGGAACGCAAAAUAUGUGGACCAGCUCUUAGACGUGGCGGCGGGAACCGAUCGGGGCGUCAGGGCCAAGGAGGGCACGCGCAACAUCAUCGACGGGCUGAUCGCGCGGCUUGAGCGCUCGUACAAGGGCACGGACGCGUCCGAGACGCCCGAGUGGCUGUAUAGGGACAGCGAGGUCGUCUACGUCGGCCAGCGGUCGAGCAAGCGCGCGAAUGCCGCGGGCGGAAGAUUUCGGGGCCGCGUCGGGCGGCUGCUCUUCCGGACGACGGCAUUGUACCAGCACAUCCAGCGGGACGGCGAAAGUCUAAGAGCGGUCAACGCGAACCGCUUCCGCUUCCUCGGCUUGCUGCCGGGCUGCGCCGUGCUCCGGGGCUCCGCCGAGAAGGAGAAUGACUUGGAAGCGCUCUCGGCGAAGUUCGACCGGAAACUCUCCGAGAACACGCUCCGCGCGUCGUUCGAGCGGCCGAAAAUCGCCUUCGGGCCUCUGGUCUGUGAGGCCGGGCCCGCGUCGGUGGUGCGCCUCGACACGACGUACCUCGACGACCGCGUUUGGCCACCGUGUGGAACACAAGUUGGUGAUCGCGAUCGAGGAGGAGCACUCUUUUGUGGGAUGUUGACCUCGCAAGGACUGAUAUGCGACAGGAAGCUCCGUACGGGGCACACCGAGAUCGAGAGACGCGACAGACACGCGCGCGCCUCCCGCCCCCGCUCCUGCCGAUCUUGUUACGCGCAGGUCCGCAUCUCGCGCGGCGGCUCGUCGGGC